AUGGUCAAAUCUAGAUCUUCAACUUCCUCCAUCUUUCGCUCAACCCUCAUCCACCACAAUCAUCCCUCAGAAUCAUCCCUCGCAGCAUACGAUACCGACUCGGUCAUCACAUUCCGACCCUCGCCGUCCACCUCCUCGGAAGCGUCAUCACACUCACACACGCACAGACCUCCACCCCUCAACUUAUCCUCGCACGGCCCCAAACCUACCCAUUCGCCAGCGUCUUCACUACCCGUCACCCCCGGUACUCCACCAACUGGCUACCCCUCGGAUCCCUUCUCGCACCCUACUACUCUCCCCGAACCGACCCGCUCUCGCCCGGGCUCGCUCGCGCACACCUUUGAGCGCGUGGCCGUCGCUACCAACGGGUGCGGCACCGGUACCGGCGGCAGUGGUACCAAGGGACCCCAGAUCGUCGUCGCCUCCCCGUCAACAUCGACUAUACACUACCUCUUUCCUUCUCCGAGCGGGACGGGCACCCACCUUUCCGCGGCGGAAGCGAAGGGCGCGGUCGGCCGCGCGGACUCUCGCGGAAGGAAAGAGAAGCGAUUGCGCCCUCAUCCGGCCGACGCGUUCGGGCCGCCAAGGAAGGAAGAGCACGUUGGGACAGUCGGGAGGACAACGCGCCUGGCGAGCGAGCCUGCGCUGAGCGGAGUCGGUAUUGGCAUCCGAGAGAGCAAGACGUUGUCUGCGGAGAGCAUGCGGACGUUGAGGCGGCAGCCGAGUCUGGCGGAGAUUGGGUCGAGGAAGGUUGCUGCGGGAGGCAGGAACAAGGAGAAUGAGGGGGCGAGGCAGGGGAUGACGCUCGCGGGAUUGGUAGAGGAGAAGAAGAACAAGUCUCUGGGAUUGAGGCUCAACCUCAACGCCCUUCCUUCAGACACCAAAUCUUCCUCCCCUACUUUGGCUAAAUCGGAUAUAUCCCCGCCCGUCCUCUCUCCUAGAGAUACCACCCGUCGGCGAUCCCUCUCGCUCUCGUCUCCCCGCCCCGCUCCGUCCAUCCCCGGCAUCACACCCGCCCCGACCUCUCCUCAGCUCCCACAAGCAAACUUUGGCCGUCCGCUCGGGAUCGAGGUAGGAGACGUCAUCUCCUCAUCCACCGCCUACACGCAGAUCGAAUACUCGGGUAACGGCGCCGUACCAUUCACAAACCCCUUCGCCUUUCCUGGCGGGGUCGCCAUGUCGCGCGGAGCUGGCGAGGCAUGCUUUCCCGGCGGUGCGCCUGACCUGAGCAGCGUCGCUCGGCUGGAAGCGGAACGCCGGCUCAAGGGGCGCAUGAGCGUCAUUUCGGAGUCCCCACCUCUCGUCGACCCGGAAUCUACACUGCCCACUGGAUCAGGCCGGGAACGUCGUCUAUCCCUCUCUGGGCGCGUCCGCCGUUCCUUGUCGUUGAAAAUCACCCCCGAUCCCAAAUCCUCCCGGCGUCGAAGCCAGUCGGUCACCGCCCGAGGCGAACGGACAUGGGAUCCACUCCCUCCUCUUCCUCUCCCACUCUCCAUGGCCUCUUCGGCGGCAUACGAACUGGGCCUCGGCGAUCCCUCUGUCGAUAUGUCGGACCGAUACGGUCUCGCCAAGAUCAUCCCUUCAUCGCCUACGGGCGUCUCGGGCGGGGGCGGUCUAGGUCUCGACGUCCGGAUCGACGAGAUUGGACAGCGGUCCCCUCAGCGCAAAAGGAUCGAUCUGGGCGGAUCGGAUGUUUCGCUUCUCGCGAGUAGCGUAACGACCGGUUUGGGAUACUCGUCUUUGGACUCCCCGGUCAGUCUGCCGGAGAGCCUGAUGGAGGAGGCGGUGGAUCUUACGGAGCGGGGAAGGAGGGUUGGGACGCCCAUGAGUGUCUCCAGCGGGAGUGCGUCAUAUGCUACUUCCUCUACCGGUGGGAGUAGUGUCGAGGUCGACCAGCUCAGACCGACCCACACUCCCGCUCUAUCCAAUACGUCCACGCCGUACCUCCACUCCUCGAGCCAAAUGACCAGUCCGGCCUUCCCUUCUCCUCUUCCCCAAACCCCACACUUUGGCCUCUCCGCCCAAAGGCAAGCCCUCUCCCCCACCGCUCAGCUCGCUUCACCCGCUAUCAUCCACUCACCACCGACUCCCGCUCCCUCCGCCGCGUCCGAAUCAGAGGACCACGCCACGCGGUACGCCGUCACCUCGCGCAAACCAAACUUGCGGUACUCGAAGUCCUUCUCUUCCGACGUGGGCACCAAGGUCAGCCGGAGCUUUUCGUGGCGCACCAAAGCACCUACUCAGAUGAAGCGAUACAUCCCGGAUCCACCUACUCCGGAGCUGGACGAGACGUCCGCUCGGGAAAAGAGGUUGUCGCGCAGCUUUUCGUUUGCGACGCGGACGAGAUCGCCCGUUCCGCUCGAUAUGCGUCCCCCGGUCCAGGUACAUAUCGUCCCUGCUUCCUUACCUCAAGUUCUGCCCCAAGCUACACGCACGGUCCAGCGUCAACCAUCCACUGGCGAUCUACACAGUCACAGGUGGCGCCCGCCAACUCUGUACUCCCUCUGCUCACCGGACGGCGCGGUCGAUCCCCUCCCCACUCCUCCCCGGCCAAACCGGAACCUCACCCCCCAGCUCUCCGUGUCCGUCACUGCCCCCUCGCACCCCUCGUUAUCGCCCCACACCCCCCAAACCCAGUCUCAUUUGCCGAUGCACCAUAUCGACCCCUCCCGGAUCGUCUCUUCCUCGACGGCGCAUUCCCAUUCCGGCCGCUCAUCGUUCCUCGCGGCCUCGACGUCUUUCCGGGGCUUGACUAAGAGUCUGAGCAAGUCGUUCUCACGGACGUUCCACGCGACGGCGACGGAGCAUGUCCGACAGGCGGACUCGGCGCUCAAGGCGAGGAUAUCGGCCCCGCUGGAAGCGACGAGGGAGGUGGUCCAUUCGAGGGAAAUAUCGGCGGCUGCUACUGCAGUAGUGGAGGAGGAGGUCAUUGCGGAAGAUGGAGGGCGGAAGAGCAGUAAAGAAUGGCGGGCGGAUCUACUUUCGCAGGCGGUGGCGACGAGUAUCAAGGAGGGGCUGAGUGAGAUGGCGCAGAGUCAUCGGGCGGAGAUGCAGAGUACGUUGGGGAGGGGAGAACGGACGAGCUGGAGUCGGAGCGUGGGGAAGACGUUUGGGCUGAGGAGUAGUUCGAGCGCUAGUACGGGGGUCUUAUCAAGGGAUAGUUUGGUGGGAUCGUUUCCGCUACGAGCGCACUUGGCUCCGGGUGGGGGAUCGAGGGGGUUAAGAGAGAUUGGUAAAGAAGAGAGUAAUCAGAGCAUCUACUCGACAGCCUCCUUCCUCCCUCUGCCGCUCCGAGUCACCCCCCAAGCUCCCCCGAUCCACAUCAAUAUCUCGCAGUACACCCCACCUCGCCCCAUCCCCACGCCCACACCCAACCUCGUCUUCCCCAUCCCCAACUUUUCACUUCCUCUCCAACACUCCACAUCCCCUCCUCCGCCGGCUACGCCCACGCCACUCCCGACGCUGGAACUCCCGUCUCCGCCUCUGCUUGAUCUGCCGGAUUUCCCACUUGUCCCUACGAUGACGCAUACGAUUUACCGGCCGCCUACGCCUCCUUCGCCCACCAGGAAUUAUCAGAGGGAGAGGUCAUUCUCGCCUGAUCACGGGUCCGUGAUCGGCAUUGGCGAGGGGGAGGGGAAUGAGUAUAGGCCUCAGCCGCUUCUCACGCGGUUGAGUAGUUUGGGGGAGGGGAGUACGCAGGGGAAGGAAGAGAGGGUACGGAAGGUUCUUAGGUGGAGGAGAGAUAUUGGGGCCGAGGAGAGGGAGCGGGAGAGGGAGCAGGGGCGGAUCGUUUCAGAGUCGAGCACCAUCAGUGAGAGCGAAGGGAGACAGGUAGUAGAGGAGACGAGUGACCUUGAGGCGGGAACGCAAGCGUGCGAAGUGGUCGAGGGAGAUGGGGAAGGAGGGAGAUUGGACGGGAUGAUUGUCCGACAUGUCCAGGUGGAGAAGGAGAGACUGAGGGGGAUUGUGAGGAAGAAGUCGUUGACUGCGAUACAUGGCGUGGAGUUUUGA